GACGACUCUGUUCCUCAGAUUUCCAUUAACACUUACUGCAUGGUGCAGCUCUCCAUUCAACUGUAACCUGAUCGUCGCACUGUAUCUAAACCAUGGAGCAACCAAAAAUACAUAAGCGGAUAUAUAACGAUACUCCCCGCUCUCCGCCAAAGCGUCAUUUGUAUGUUCCUGUCAGACAUCCACCUUCUCCGUCGUCGGACUUGUUUGAGAAGUCUGGAGAGGACGCUGUUCAUACUGUUGUGAAAGAGGAUGAUUCUGAUUCGACAAACUAUAGUGUGCUGCUGCCGGUAUCAGCGACGUUGCAACGAGACCAAACCCCCGACUCAACAGUCUCGGAACUUUUUGCAGACGGAUCUCGUGGAAACGCAGGUUCACGAGACCUUUCUACGGACAGAGCAUCAAAUCGUUGCGAUAAUUCCAGAGGUAGUCAAGUUUCUACCCCUAGUUCAGUAGACAAAUUUAGAAGACGUAACCCCAUAUCGCCAGUAACGUCUGGAUCGUCAACAGCGGGAGACUCACCAGAGCCAAAUAAGCCAGAGCUAGGCCACGAGACGAUAUCCGGAUGCGAUUCAGCACCAACUAGCGAAAAAGGCCGACCGUUGUCGAAGGAACAUACUACGAUGGCCCCCAAAAUGUCAUCCAAGCGAAAGCGCAGUUGUGACCUUUCUGCCGAGUCACCACGAAAUGGAUUCGUCCCAAAAGAUGUAAAUGUCGAUGAGGGCAAUCGUGCCAAUGCAGUAAAAGGGCCUGAGGGUGCGGCGAAAACUGCCAAUAGAAAAACUCCUGCUACGACAAAACCAAAGAUAAGACGAAGAAAUGAUCAUCGUCACUUGUCGAAGAGGGCCAUGGAGCCUUGUAUCAGUGCUCUGGAUGUUGUCAAAGAACAUCUGAAACUUUACUCGUUGCUCUCAGAAUCAGGAACCCGCGUACGUGAAGAAUCGGAUAUGGAGACCAUUGAACUGCAGUACCCUGGGGAAAGUGCUUCUGAAAUCUUCCCACUCGUCGUAUCACGGAAAGCUUUAGAAUACAAUCCAAUCAAAGACAUCUAUGCAACAACUCAGUUUAUUAUCGAAAAUUGCCUGAAAGACGAACAUGCAGCGCGUUUCGGUGAUACACGGUCCGGCAUACUUCGAAGUAUACAAAAGGCAUGUAAUCGGAAAAACGCAGAAGACCUGAAGGCAGGAAUAGCGGCUUGGAAUGAGGAAAUGAGCGCUCUCAAAAAGAAAAAGAUCUUUGCAAGUUGUGAAUUUACUGGGCCUGCCGCAAGUUAUCCUAUGAUAGCACACAUCCUAGAGCAAGCAUAUUCACGAUCAGUAGCACCCAGCUCAAGUUUAUUAAAUAAUUACGAAGGGUUCUCAAAUAACGUUUACGGUGAAGUAAAGCAUAAUUUUGUAAAUACCAUUAUCAAGGAGGCCAACAUACAACCAAACCAUGUAUUUGUGGAUAUGGGCAGUGGUAUCGGAAAUGUUGUGCUACAAGUGGCAGCACAAUGCCUAUGCGAUUCAUAUGGAAUAGAAAUAAUGGAAACGCCGGCGAAGCUGGCAGCUAAGCAGAAGAAAGAAUUUGUAUCCCGCAUGAGAUAUUACGCAAAGCCUUGUGGCAGAAUCACGUUGAAACACACUGACUUCCUUGAAGACAAUGAGAUGCACGAAGUCAUCAAGAAGGCCGAUGUCAUCUUUGUCAAUAACUAUGCCUUCAGUGCCGAGUUGAAUCAAAUGAUCCUAGCCAAGUUUUUGGACUUGAAAGAAAAUGCAAUUGUCAUUGCGCUUCGUAGUUUUGUUCCUGUUGAUCGCCCAACAGCGCGAAGUGCUCGACGAAGCAAUGCCAUUGAAUCCAUUUUUAGAGUGAAAGAGCAUUACUUUGGUCGGGAUAAUGUGUCAUGGAUGAACGAAGGAGGACAGUACUAUAUCCACACUGUCGACCGUCGACAACUCGCUAAAUUAUCAAGAUGAUUCAUACAGUGAAAUAUCCGUUUUUGUAGAUGAUUUCUGUUCCGCCCUUACUGUGUCGUGUAAUUAUGAAGGAAAUGUAGUGUACAGUAACUAGAAAGCAUUCAAUGCCAGAUCCCCUAAGCAA